AUGGUAUCCUCUUCAAGAAUCAGUGCGUCAUCAUUCCAAGAGUCCAUGAGACGCGAGCUUACUGCCAGAGCCCACUCAAGUCAUCAGGGAAUUGAAGCAUGUAUCCGGAGAGCCAAAGAUGUGGUGUUCUUGCCCCUUAAUGAGUAAAGACAUUCAGCCGGAAGCAGUAGAAAAAUGCAAAGUCAGUCUUUGUAGAGUUCCAAAACAACAACAGCAAAGAACCUAUGCAGUCACAUGAGCAGUAAAAGCACCUAUUAGAUACGGAUAUUACGAAUGAACUGAACAUUGAUUACCGUAUUUAUUCGAAUAAGCGCCCAACCUCGAAUUAGCGCCCACCUCGAGGGACGGGAAUAAGCGCCCAUCCUAAAGGCAGAACAAGUUAAUAAGAGCCCACCCGCAAGCCACCUCCCUCCACCUCAAACUCAAAUAAGCGUGGAUGCAGGUUGAGGGGCUCAUACUUUGUCAGCUUCAGGAAACGUGCGCCCCACCACGUCGCGAAACUCGUUCAGUGGAGGCCUUGAGGCCAGGGAUAGUCGGGUGGUUCCUGACGGAUAUGAAGAUGACCAAAUUCAUUGCCUGAAGGACGGUCAGCUUUGUCAUGCGGGAACAGAUCGCCUAACAUCCAUCCAGCAAGCUGUACCUGCUUCUCGCGCGACAAACCCAUUUGCCGACGUUACGAUGUCGGACAUCGAGGGGGCAGCACCGGACAAUUCACUUAUUGACUUGAGUGAUAAUGAGAUUGAAAUUGAAAUUGAAUAG